GCUUGAAGCGUUGCCAUGUCUUGUCCGGUUCGGAGCGAUAGAAGGUGCUAGAUAUCGAGAGUGCUGUUGUUUUUGUUAUUAUUGUUAUUAUUGUUGGGUUCUCCGGCGUGAGAAUAAGUGCCUUCCGCAGGUUGCAUUUAAAUUUUUCGGGUAUUUUUAUUUUCAACGGAGAGUGCAAUUUGGUGCUUGGAAAAGUUCGGCGCACUUUGGUACUGAGUGUUGAUAAGUGGUGGAGAGAAAUCUACUUAGCCGGUUCAAAUUGUGCCUCGUGAUAACAAUCUUGCCAAUUAGGCGCUGUUGAUUCAGGGAACGGAAAGAGAAACUGCGGAGUAGGUCCUUCAAGAGAUACAUUCAUGAUAGGGCGCAGCAGCAGAGGAAGUGUUUGUGGCUAUAGGAGUGUUAUAAGAGUGUAUUAACCGCUGAAAAGGUUUACUCCAAAUUGGAAGAAGUGAAACAAAAAAACCGCUAUAGUGUUUCUUAAAAACUGCUCAAAUAUAGAAUAAGCUGUUUUACCUGUUGUGUUCCGAGUGCAGGGAAUUUGAAAAAAAAUAAGAUCUUUCUUGAGUGUGCACCACGAAGCCACGAAGCGUUGUGUUUUUGCUGAGCGCAACAUAAAUACAUACAAAUUUUUGUGAACACACCAGCAACGAUUCUGGAGGGGGAUACAAGUCCGUUCCGAACCAGCGGCCGGAGGAAAGGAAUUACCCGUGUGCAGUCCUCGCAGGGGUUGACGUCGCGUCGUUCCUUCAGCCUCACCGUGUUGCAAGCAUCACCGAAGAGCCAUCAACGCAGCUGGGAGUCAUCGGUGAACGGCAGAAGCAGAACAAGUUGUGGUGGAUUCCUGUGUCUGUUACGCUAUUAAAGUCGUCGCAGAAGAGUAAACCUUCCGUGGGUUCUUUCUUCUGUAGCCAGCGGAGCAGCAGCAGCAGCCAAGUCCGCGUGUUUCUGAGUCGUAAAAUGUAGCUAAACCGCCGGAGCUAUGGAGCAGAAUAUUUUCGACGUAUCCGAUGACAUUUCAUUCCCCUGGCUGCCGGCGUAUGCCGAGGCAACCGAUUCGUGCCAGCUAUCGACCGGAUCGAGCCGGAUGCUGGAGACCAUCGUGGAGGAAAGCUCGGACGAUGACGACGCUCGGGGUGAAUCCAAGCUGUCGUCGAUGGAGCAUGAACAGCAGCAGCAACAGGAGCAACAGCAGCACCCGGUGGGUUGGGCCCAAUUCGAUCAGGUGUGGAGUUCCGCCGGUUCGGACACUGGGUCGGUGAUACGCGUCGACACGCCUUCAGACCAAGACACAAUGUCGGAGCGUGACUUCAUUUGCCCCCCGAAGCGAAGGAAGCAGGAUAGCGACAACGACGGGGAAGAAUUUAUCGGUGGGGAGCUGACUAAUGGAUAUAGUGGUAACGGUCGCAGGGCGAGAUUCUGCGAGCCGGACGGACUGGAGGUGACUGAGUAUUUCAUGAGAAGACACAAUGAACCAAGACUACGUUUCGAUGAGAUCGGCCAUGAUCUGUUCACGGACUCCGACAGUCUGUCGUACGCGUCGCUGAGUCGUUCGUCGUCGCUGAUCCAGUUCGAGUCGUUGGAACGUCAGCUGCAGCAGAGUGAAUCGAUGGUGGUAGCCUCGGCUCAGCUGUCCGGAUCUUCGCCAUCGUUGUACACCGGUGACGGCGCAGUGGGUUCCGCCGGUGGCGAGCACGUCCUGAGAACCGCGAGCGUGGGCUGUGCUGCUGAUACGCAGCUCGGUUUCUACAGCCCCGGCAAGAAAAGUAACCUGCUAACUGCGUCGAAUUUGCUUCAGCAGAACAACAAGUUGAAGGCGGCGGCGGCGGUGGCGACCUGCAAGCAGCCGGUGCUGAAUAUAAGUGAUUCUGAGUUGUACUCGUCGAGUGUGAGUAGCACCAGCAGUAGCGGUGGUAGCAGUGGCGAAGGCAGCAGUUGUAACUAUGCUAGUGACGAGUGUGAGCUGAACCCGCACGAGAAUACGCCCAGUCCCAGUGAGUCUCAGGUGGCGAGGGGUUGCUCCGAUGAGGCGGAGGGUUUGAGCCGGUGUCCCCAGCGGUGUUCCGAGAGACGCCGAUCGUUGAAUCAACUUAGGACGAAGAAUUCUAUUGAGAGCCUUAGUGAGGAUAGUGGCUACUGUGACCAUCUGCAUUUCAACAUGAACAAUUUGCGGGUCAAAUCGAAGAGCCUGACCAAUUUCAGCUCGGCGGAAAAUGUAAACAUGUUCAUGGAACCGGUGCCGAUGGAUUUUUACGACCAGCGUCAUGUUUCGUUCCACCAGGAAAAUCGCCUCGCGACGGUGUGCGACGAGGGGGAGGAUGAGGAGGACCAGCGGCGGGAUGCCGGAGGGCAAGCUGUUCAUCAUGUGGAGCAGUGCAACAGCGGCGGCAGUGUGGAUAACCUAUCCGCCCAGUACGAACGUAACAACCCAGAACAUUGGUUCGCCGCGAAAACCAAUAUUCAUAAUUGUACAAAAAUAGAACUAGACACAAAUAAACAUUCGCGCACGCCGUGCGGCGAGCAGCGGCCGUUUGUCGUAACGACCAAAUUGAUUCCACCAUCUUCGUCCGCGUCAUCCGCGUCGUCUUGCUCCCAGCUCAGUUCCACCGAUUCACUCGAGAGACAUCCGACGACGACGACAGCGACAAUGACUCUGGAUCGUCACCACCGUGCCGAACCGAAACCUAAAAAUAGUCAUCGUCGCCAUCAGCAGCAGCAGGAUGAUGCAGAGCAGAUUCCCUUCUCGCGAAAGCGAACUCGGUCCCAGCAGCAGCCGCACCAUCGGAGGACCAUCAUUUCUGCCAGUUCACCCGAUCUGUUCAACGGUGAUCAACAGCAGCAGCGCGGCGCGGUGGUUCGCGUUCGGAACCGUAAGCGAAUUCAGCGGAAGGUGAGCGACUUCCUGGAGUACAGUGGUGUCAAUUUCGCGGUGUCCAGCGUGCCGGAGUGUUUGAAUCUGUGUGGUGGUGACGGCAGCCUUCCAACGUUCGGGAGCCACCAGUCGGAAUCGCUCGACUCGUUCGAACUGUACGAGUCCGGAACGAGUUCCGGGAACUAUAGCUCGUGGAAUCAGCAGCAGCAACUGCUGCUGCCAUCUUCGGUGGCCAGCAAGAACUUCGACCUGUAUGACUACGCCCAGGAAGCGGAGGAGGAGGAGCUGCUGCCAACGGUUGUGAAAAGUGUGAAAACGGUGACGUUUGCGAAACCGCGCGUGAACAUUCGGGCCAGUUAUGCGAACCUAACGGCUCUGGACUAUAGUGACGAAGACGAUGGUAAACAGUUCUAUCUGAACAGAAAUACUUUCCGAACGAGCAGUGGCACGAGACUGGGAAAAGUGCAGGAGAUGGCGAACCCGUGGGACAGGAAGGGUGGUGCGUUCGACGAGGACGAGGAAGAGGGGAAAAUACUGCAGGUGGAAAGUGCCGAGCAGAAUGUGUUCAAUUCCCUGCUGGACGAGAUAUCCGCCCACUUCGAUCGGAACCUGUCGAUCAUUAACGAUCAGGCGGAAACCUACGAACCGAUUGCUGCAUUUUUGCACGAACAUCGUUCCGCCCCGCAGACACCCCAGUCGUUUGCGGCCCUGGUCGCAACCGCUCCUCAAACUCCCCCGAGGCGUACGCAAAUCAAAACAAACCCUCACCAUCACACCCAGGGACCUACCGUGAGGGAGCCGGAAGGGGGCGCAUCCAAGAGGCGCACCUUCGAUCAGGAUCCCACUAAUCUCGUAACCUGUUACGCUGCCAGUUUGGAGCGGUGCACAUUCGACCCGAGCGAGUCCACCCUAAACUUACAUAACAACAAGUCAAGUGAAUUGAGUAUGCAUCAUCCCACGCCAGCAGCAGCAGCAGCGAGAUACGCCCCGAUGGUGGUGGCAAAGCGUGAAUUUGUGUCGAGCACACCUAACCUCAACUACUACCACGGAAACGGCGAUAAUGGUGAUGGUGAUGGUGAGGGUGGCCUAAACGCGCAUCACAACAACUCGUUGAAGAAUGUUUCCUGCCUGGAGAUUGGUGGGGGAGAGUUUGCCGCGUGCCGCAGCACCGGAAUCCUCACCAACGCGUCCAGCUCCAAGUGUGGCCUCUCGAAGGGGGUCAGCUUCUGUCCGAUCGUGUCGGAGAUUAUCUGGAAAGACAACGGCUCGGAGCUGGAUGGGGAGGAUAACGCGAGUAUCGUUUCCAACCAAGACUUUGAGAUCGACAUCGAUGAGGAUGAUUUCGAUCAGGAUGAUUACGAUCAUGCAAAUUUAAUCGCAACCCAAACCAACACCCUAAUUAAUGCCAACAGUGUAGAGACGGGGUUGUGUGAGCUUGUGGGUAACUAUCAACACCACCACCACCAGGAGGAUCAGCGCGUUCCAACGCCAGUAGUGGUGUGCGAUCGGUUUGAGCUCGGCAACGGUGACGUCAUUGAGUUUCUCUCACCAGAGCGUGCGGCCGCCGAAGAGGAUCGCCGCCUCGGCGAAGAGCGGGUAAAAGAGCGAGACGACCGUAUGAUCGCUAGCAUAAACAAUGCAAGGCAAGCAGCGAAACUGACCGAGAGCGACGUCAGUACGACAGUGAUCACCGCCGAGGAAGGUUCCAUGAUGGCGUCCGCGAUCGCGAAUGGUGUUGACGCUAGCAAAAACAUGAUUGCCGCGGAAUCAGCUGCUGCCGCGGUGUCGGAAAGUGUUCCCCCUGCGCAACAGGAGGAGGAAACCCAACGGGCUCCAACGCCAGUUCCAGCCCUGCAACAGCAAAAGUUCACCAAUAACAACAACAAUCUGAUUAAAAACUUUAAAAACGGUAAGGCCGAGAAGAAGGGCAAAACUUUCCUCUCCCGGCUGUCGUCCGGUUUCCGAUUCUCGUUUCGCGGCAAGUCAAAGAAAAAUAAAGAUGGUGUUAGUGGGUCAUCGAAUGGUAAGGCUGCUGCCGGCGCGGCACCGCUGCCUUCGGCCAGAAGUGAUAAACAAUCAUCGCCGGGGAAAGUGAAAGAGUCGUCCGCCGGUCACGAUAAAGUGUCAUCCGAUUUUAUUUAUAUCCCGCUGAAAGAUCCGGUCGGACAUCAGCAACAAUCACACCGACCGGUCCACUCAAACAGAAUCAAUAACAGUGCCGAUGAAGUGGCCAGUGAAGUGGUUCCCGAUAAUGACGAGGAGUACUAUCUGCGACAAAUGAACACGAUUGGGUUGCAAAACAACACCAAUAAUGGAAGCGAUGAAACAGACAGGGUUUACGAUCCCAACGAAAGUUUCACAACAUUCCAAUCGGAUUCGACAGCGCUGCUGAACUCGAGUGCAACUAGCAGCACUGCGGGAGCUUCCAUUGGCGCCCUACAGAACCACGUGUUGAGCGGGAAACCACCCUUGCCGAAGCAACCCCCACGUGUCGUUGGUGUGUGUGCGAAACGUUCUACCCCGUCCCAGAGAUUGGCGCAUGCCUAUCAGCAGCAGCGAGCCUCGUCGACUCCGCCGAGGACGGAAAUCGAUUUGGACGAGAGCAGCAGUGGUGGCUCCUGCCAUCGUCAGUACAUCAACGACGCUGACAGGGCGAACGGUGCCGAAGGAUUCGCCGGAUCCGGAUUGUCUCCUUCUUUGUCCGCGGUUGUCGGUCGGUACAGUAGUGGUAGACAUAGCCAACAGGCCCAUCAUCAACAGCAACAGCAGCUAAUAAGUGACAGUGAAAAUUACUUCAACCACAUCAUGGGCAGCGAGCAGAAAAUUGGUCUCAUCGAGACCAAUUUGGACACCCAUGAAACCAUCAUAUCGGGCAAGACGCGCUCGCUGAUGGAACUCGGUGGCCCAUCGCAAAUGCAUCAUCACCAACUACAGGUGCAUCACGGUGGUGGCGUCGGCGGCGACUCCAAGCGGCUGCUGGGUGGUGGAGGUGGUGUUAAUGGGAUUAAAGACCGCCAGACGGCGGCCGUUGCCAAUGAACCCGGAAGACCACACAAAAGUAUGGAAUUUCUGCUGGAUAAGGAAAAUCAGCGAAACGUUCUGCCUCCGGAAAAUGAGCUCCAAAAAUCCCACGAAACAGGCACAAACCUCAGCGAGCACCAGCUGCGCGUGCAGGCUUCCCUCCAGCGGCUGAACAUCCCCGAUUGGUACAAGCAAUACUGCGGCAAGGACGGUCCGCAUACGGCCGUCCUGCAGAACAACACCAACAUUAACAUUAGCAACAGCGGUGUCGCCCCGGGGGCUGGAGGAGGCGUUCUGCGGAAGCGUAACUCGGACGUGGGUCGGUGGACGGGACUGAGCUCGAAAACCACCUCGCUCAGCUCGCUCGGCUCGCACCGAUCCGACCGGAGCCCGGUAAUGCUGAGUCCCUCGGCGCACAGCCACCACGGCGGACAGACGGGUUUCUCGCGGUGGUCCACUUCGCACCUUAACUCGAACCAGACAUCGCCCAGUGUAUCGACACGGGGGUCCUUCACGCGGGGAGGCCUUAACGCUAGCGUAGUGUCGGGCUACUCGACGGCUUCCACCACGGCCGGUUCGAUGGCCGGGGGAAACAGUGCAAUCCGGAACUCGUUCCGGCAGCCCUAUCUGGGCUGGAGGAGCCAGGAGAAGCUGUCGCAGCCACGGACGCCUGCCGAGAGGCUCGCCUCAUCCCUGCUCUCCCAGCAAAAGGCCAAAGAGCAGCAGCAUCAUCAGAACCAACAAAAAGCAGAACCAGUAGUAACACCGGAGAUCCAAUCUUCCAUCAAGGAGGUCACCUCAGCGAUUGUACACUAUGUGAACGACCAAACCAACCGACACUCACGGAGUCGAUCGACUAGUCCAAGCCAAAGAUGUUGGCUAGAAAGCUCUUUCGUUGGUACCCGACCACUAGACUCGCCCCAGACGCCAAUGAUGAUCGACAACAGCAGCAGCAGCUCAACGACGGUUGUCCUGGCCGGUCAGCAGCAGCAUCCUGCUGCACAUCAAACUAGCAAUAUGAUGGCCGGAGAUCACUACCGGCAAAAUGCCGGCCGGAUGAAUGGCGUCGUGACACCAUCGGUACCAACCUUCUCUCUGCCGCCCGAGCAACAAUCGCCCGGGACAGCGACCCUCGAAGAUGUUCUUGUCUCGUUGCUUGGACUGCCGACCGAGUCUCACAGGUCCUCAGUGGAUUUAGCUAAUUCCUCCUGUCUAACGCCAACAGCUUCCAGUAAUCACACGCUCCAGAUCGAACCCGCGCAAAUCAGACGCCGCAGCGAGGGUGAUGCCGGCCGGAGACGGAACGAUAGCGGUGGUUCCGGUGCGAUCAGUAGCAGUGCUGCAAGCUCCGGCAAAGAAAACCACAGCCGACGGGUCUCGUUGGAUUCGUGCGACACGACCCACAAGAGCCACGGGGAACCCCUGAAGUGUCGCUAUCCGAAAUGUGACGCCACGGCGACGAUUGCCGAGGCGAAGAAGUCCUACAAAAGCUGCCACAACUGUUCGCAUCUGUACUGUUCGCGGGAAUGCCGGAGGGCUCACUGGGAGAAACAUCGGAAGGCGUGUCUGCACUCGCGAAUCUCCGCACUCUGUCGGCUGGUUUUGUCCACCUGCAAGGACGAUGCGGACACCUUGCGCCACCUCAGCCGACUGGCGAGACGGGGCUACUUGUCGCAAGGACGAGGUGUUGUUAGAAUACUGUUUCGCAGUCCUGAGAAUGCGGACUCCUUCAUAAAACAGGGUUUUCAGUGUUUGGGUGAAGUGUCGUACGUGCGCUGGCCUGACUUGCUCCCGUCGGAGAUGGGCCCGGAGCUGUAUUCGGAACUGCUCAAGCUGAGCACCGAGUACAAGCCGGAUUCAAAAAUGUUGACCUACGUAGCGAUUUGUGUCGUUUCGGAAGCCCCGGGGAAUGCCACCGCUCCGGUCAAGUGGGAACGGCAGCUGGUAUCACGUUGUGCCAAGCUGAAGCUGUGCAAGUCUGUUAUCAACGAAAUCAGCAAUUCCCCCAUCGAGCGGCAGUUCCCAAAGAAAGAGAACGCUACCGACGUGUUGAUCCUUUCGUUCAAUAUUCUAUCCAAAACAACACAAAAAAGUCGCGAGGCAGUCUCGCAGAACAUUCAGAACAUCCUGCGCCAGCGCGGUGUCGUUCUGCGCAAACACUACCCCGAAGUUUUCCAGCGGCUGUGCACAUUCGUCGAGGGUUCAACCGAUCGGUACCUGCCGGUAACGGUGCACCCGCGGGACAGCGUUACCGGACGGCCGUUCGUUUGCAUCAUCAUGCCGAAUUACGGGGACUCGGAUAAGGUUCAGUUUCCCAUUUCGGAGAACUGCGACGACGAGCGAGUGAUGACGAUAGACGUCGGGGCGGACGUUGUCGAUAUCCGUGUCGAGCCGGCGGUGGAUACGGACGUCAACCAGUAGACAGAGGGAUGCGGGUGCCACCAAGCGAUAAAGUUAUUCAACGAAAUGUUGUGGCUGUGGCGUGGUUGCAAGUUCUCGGGAUGGUGAUGGUUCGAUUUGAUGAACUCAGAAACCCAAAAGUUGGCAAUUGAAGUAUACUAAAAUAAUCACCAUCCUGAACUCGUUCGCCACAUACUUUCGUGCAAUAGUCAAAAAGCAACGACAUUUUUUCAGUGAUCCGUAGGUAAACAUCUCGAGUGCUGAACGCAAGCGCGAAGCAGGUAAGUUUAACGAUAAUAAUUGCGACAACAGAGAGUGUUAAAUAACGAAAACUGAAUAACGCCAAAUUUUUAUACUUAGUAGAGUAGGGUAAACGAAUUGGGGACGGGGUGCACAUUGAUGUGUAAACGAGAAGAUUGCUAAAAGGGUAUGAAAACUUUUUCUUCGUGUAAAUACAAUCUGCUUUGUACAUUUGCCUGUAAAUUCCGGCAACUGUCACCUUUGCUGUUUCAAGUGGUUUUUUCCCCUCUUUCUUGCCUGCAUAAGAACUCUAAAAUAUAAAUAUUAUACACUUGUACAUUAGAGUGUGUUCGUUGAAGUAAGUUUUGAUAUCGUUUCCUUUUCCUGUUCCGAUCAAUGGUGAUUUAUUUUCUAGUUACCAUCUGUGAUCAUUUGGAGUAGUUAAACAAGCUCGACAAACGAUACUAGGGUUAGAAGUUACAAAGUAGGUCUCCAAUCAUCAUCAAUUUAAUCCAUUCAUGUUACAAUACCAUUGAAAUGAAAUGCAAGUUGAAUAGUAACACCUCACGAGUAGUUAACUGAGACGAAUAGUGGAUAGAAAAUACUGCCCAUCAGUUGCAACGUCGGAUGGUAACGAGACAACACUAAUCUGGAAUUCAUCGUCCACACACACAGUUCAUACGGAGCUCCCCAUCCUAUUUUCAGAAUUCAGUAAUUUUUAUUAGUACUUAGUUGAGGUUUCUAUGCCGAGCAAGGCUUCGCUUUUGCCAGUCCAAAACGCAAUGCAUUGUCAUGACAUUACAACCAGUGUCACAAGUUAUCAAAAUUUAUUCACGAAUGAAAGAAUUAGCUUUUCCCCAGUGUGGUAUGAAUUCUCUUCUGUUGAAACUCAACACCAUAUCUGUCAUAAUGAGUAUAACAUAUGAGUCGAGACGCGAGACCUUUGUCUGAUAUAUUGAACGAAAACAGCAUGGACGAAUUUCGGAAAGCCUACAUUCAGGCACUUUUAUUACUGUCAACAGUGUCAUGUGAUUAUCACGAACGUUAAGUUGAACUUCAUCGCUUGCAGUGAAUUUUUAUUGAAAACGUGUUUGAUUUCCAUAUUUAGAACAAAAGAAUGGACCAGGAAUCCGGAAAAGGCAACAAUAGUUUUCGUUGAGCGUUGACCGUUCUUCGGUGUUGAGCGUAUCAAAACAAUCAAAACAAGAUUAUGUUUGUUUUCCGCUCACCCAUUGCCCAUAUAAUAAAGGGUGUAUGCCAUUUCCGGCCAAUCGGGAGUAAAUUCAUGAAACAUAGCAAGAGUUAUCUAUACAUUCUGUUGCCGAAAUCACCAAGAAAAAUUAUUUGGUGUGAUGAAUGGCUAUGCUAUACCAUUAAUCGAUUUCACUCUCAAUUGGUUGACGUUGAAUUUCUUGCUUUGAUUUUCACUAACACGCAAUGAUUUUCAACUUUUACGUUACGAAUAUCAUGACGAAAAUGAAGAUGCAAAUGGAAAGUGAACUUCACGGCAAGCUGAUGUUGAUGUUCAUUACACUUGUGCUCAUUGAUAGUGUUCAUAUUUAUCGACUCUCGCUUGAGCACUAGGUUAUCAAUACAAGGCAGGCUGAAAUUCGCCGUAUUUGAGUGUCGUGAACGUGAAUAUUUUCGGCACUGAAUACAAUGUUUGUUUGUUUAUUUCAAUAAAUAUGAACAAAGGAUAUGUUGCGCAACUAAACUAACUAAACUAAAUUUUAUUAGUUUAGAAAUGAUGAUUGACUUGAUAAACCGUAUAUUGAGUGAAUAUCGCCCAAUUCUUCCACAAAAUCGGAACUGUUAAAAGAGUUAUAUCAGGCUGGAAUGCACGAAAAAUCAAAGUGCAAAAAUAGAAUGGAUGACUCUCAUUUGUCAAAUAUUUUUUAUAAAUAACUGAAUUAGUUUAUUGCUGCUUUGGAGUUUUCGUUGUAACUCUAGCCAUAUCCAUAAAAUUAAUUAUUGAAACGGUUUGUAACGGGUAAACCUUCGAUUUAUUAAGUGAUCGUGAAAAAAGCGAGUGAAUGACACCGAGACAAAAGUCUCCUUUGAUCACUUAGGAUAAAAUUAAAAAUAUAACACUGAUAAAAAUGCGAGCGGAUGAUACUGAGACAAAAGCCUUACUUCUUUCGACGAUAUUUUCGGUCGAUAGUAAGAAUUUUAUGGGAAAAGUAUCCUCCAAAAAUCCACAUACACUAUCAUACUGAAAUGUCUUCACAUACUUCAUAGUGUCUUCAAAAUGUAUUCACAACUUCAAAUGUCUUCACAGUAAGUCAAAUGUCUUCAAAAUGAAGAGAUGUCUUCAAACCUGCACGACAAACACGACAAAUGCAAAUUUAUUUGCGACACUUUGACUAUUCGGAUCUUUGUCCGGGUGAUUUAUUGCCAUUUUUGUUUUACAGAUUUUAUCUCUUGAAUUUAUGGAGAUUCUAUAUAUUCAGGGCGAUGACACUUUGGUACUGAACUUGAUUUGCAAGAUACCCAGAAUAAAGAGAGUCAGUAUACUCAGAUUCCAAGAUCGGGAGAGACAUUCAUGUCAAUUCCAAAACACACUCGGCAAAAAAAAACAACAGUUGUUAUAUACUUAUUUCCACCAAACCGGUCAUUUUGACCGGAGGAUGUUUAGUUGUCAAGAUAUAGAAAUUUUAGAAAGUUCUACGGAAAAUAAAAGUAUUUUUAUUUAGAUAUACACUUGACAAAGAAGUUAUAGGAACAGAGUGCGAAUUCGAAAUUUUUAGGUGAUUUUUGGAAUGGUGUAACUUCUUGAAAAAUCAACGCAUGAAGUUUUGUAAGAAUCUAUGGACAUCAUUUUUAUCUUGGAGUGUGUAGCUAUAGUGCACAAAAAUAUCGAGAAGAACUAAAAAAAUUAUUUUUUUCUGAUUUUUCAAAGAUUUUAGGACUAACACAAUUGUUUGUUAACUAGGUCAACAGCAAACCCAAAUAACUUUUUCAACCAGCUUUCAUUUGAUCCCUAAAACGUUCUGGUAAUAUGUUUCAAUUCAUUGUGAUAGAAAAUUCAAUAAAUAAUUAUCGCACCGAAAAUCGGAAGGCAGUUUUGAGAACUCCAAUAAAUUCUCUAGGGUAACACGGGGUGAGUUGGACAUACGGGGUGAUUUGGACCACCCGUUUAUCUCGAAAAGUACGGCUCAACUUGGAUUUUUUAUAAUGUCAUCUCCUUCUAUUGUUGAACCGUAUGUACCUAACGUAAAAAAACUUUGGUAAAAUUCGACAGGUGGAAGGAAACGGUAGCAUGAACACAACAGGCACUUUGAUUGUCAAAAAAUGUUAGUUUUCCGAUCGUGGUUUUAAGGUUUUUCCAGCUGAUUAAACAAACUCUUCGUUUAUUGUGCAGUAAAGUUUUCUUCGUCUACAGGAGAGGAACAAUUUGAUGCAGCGAAACUGUCAGCUUGAUAACAAUAAAUGGAAUUAAUUGCAUUUUAAUUUUUACAUGUUGUGUGGGGUGACAUGGACACGUUUCUGUGGGGUGAAUUGGUCCUACCGGUUUGAGGCUUUUCUUUGGUCUAAUUGAUUCCAGAUGCCGCUGAAUUACAAAAAGAGGAUGGGCAGACAACGUUGGAAGAAGGAGGAGCUUGAAAGAGCAACGCAGGCCAUCAAGAACGGAUUUUCUUUCACCAUGCAUCGAAAGUGUUUGAAAAUGCUCGAACAACAGUGAAAAGAUCCAUAUAGAAUUCGAGAUGGUCUCAAUCCAAUUUUUCUGAUCUGGAAUCUAACCAAGACACCUGGUAUCGAUCCCAGAACACUGUUACUGAUUGUAACAUUAUUCCAAAAUACUAUACAUAAACAUAAGUAUGUUUUUUUCGAUGAAACACACACUGGACCAAAUCACCCCGCAUCAAAUUUUAAUGUCCAAAAAUCAUCUCUUUUAUUAUAUGAUAUAUUUGGUAAUUUGAAGCUUGUUAUAAUGAUUAAACAUUAUUAAUUGAGAGAAAAUAAGUGUAGCUUAGUAUACAAUGUGUCAUUUUAUAUUUAGACCGUAUUGGUUUGGAAAUAUUAGGCGAUUUGCUUAGGUGGUCCAAAUUUCCCCCUUUUCCCUUACAAGGUUAAUUUGUUGCUUUGACGAAAAAAAAAAUGAUUUUUUUGCAUCGAUUUAAAAAAGUGUCAAAAUAAUUUUGUCUGUAGUGCUUCGAAAAUCUUCUGUAAUUCUGCAAAUAUUGCAUUAAGUUCCAAUGUCUACAGGAAAAUUUUCAACCUAGUGUCAAAACCCCUGUGGAAGUUUUUUUUUCAUUUUUUUAGCUGAUCGAUCAAAGUUUGGAGUAAAUUAGAAGAGCACUCCAUCGCAAAUUGUACCAGAAGUACAAAACACUAUGCGAACUCUCGGAACGAACGGUCCAGUCCCUUCGUGAGUUUGUGAGUAAGGAGUAUGUGUGUAUGUGGGAAUGCGUAUGUAUAUUUGUGAGUAUCAUCACACCUUGCAAUCUUAAAUCAUACUUGAAAGGUCAAACUUUAAAACAAUGUACAUCCCAUCUCCUCGCAAUGAUUUUUCACGAAAUUACAGCAUUUAAAGCAUCAACCAAAAAUUUCGACUUUGUUCCUUUAAUCUUUUGUCGAGUGCAUAACCCAUUCAUGUUUACACUUCAUCGAACAUAAAUUGAUUCUUGUGCAUAAAUGUUAUUUUUCAUUGAUUCUGAUUCAUUGAUUGAGUUACCAAAGAAAUUUUAAUUUUCAAUUUUUAGGGAGCUAUUUUUAAUAUUUGACAAAAUGGAGCUAGCUUAACAUUGGUAAAACCUAAAUACCAAAUUCAAUCAGAAAUUUCGGCGUUGUACAAAAACUUCUUAGAACUUAUUGAUUUCGAGUCAACAGUUUCGUUUUAUUUUGCUCGCCGGUACAUUUUGAACAGAUACUAUCAACGAUAAAAUUAUUGUCAGGAGUGAUUUUAUUGCAUCUUCUAUAAUACGGGAUGUCCAUACUUUGUGCCAUAUGCUACCGAGCUUUCUCACGUUAUAUAACCAAUAUCAUUAGACGAAGUCCCACCGGAAUUACAUCAAUUACAGUUCCGGUUGGCUUUAGACAUCAUGAAUUCCGUUAUUGCAGGAUUACAGUCACGAUUCCCACAUGACUAGCAAAGAAAAUCGUCAACAAAUAACUAAAUUUAUCAUUACAUCAAGCGAGUCUCACUACGUAAUGAGGAAACUUUUCACACUCGUACCAACCCUGCCCUAAAUCAUCGCUUUAUUCACUGUUCAUCAUCAUCUAGGAUUCAGAAAAAUCUACAGAAACAUGUGCACUCCAAUGACACACUUUCUAUCAGGGAACACUGCAACAAUAAAACGGAUCUGCUAAAAGAGCAAACGGAAAAAUGACUCUGUCAUCUCGUUCGUUUCGAUGGUUCACAGCCACAGCACACACUCAUCAGCACAUACACACUUCAUUCAAGUGCACUCAGAAAAUUUCCCAAUGAUUUGAGUUGGAUCCCCUGGGAGUUUUCUCCGGAGAUCGAACCGUUGUCGGACCGAUUAGAAAGGAUUUCAGUCGAAUUGAAAACAUCGUUUAAAACUCGAUCAUCCUUCAGCUUCUGCCAAAGAUUAUGUAUUCACACCCAAUACACGGACACACCCAUCCACUAACUACCUCACAAUCGCCCCGGUCCGUUCGAAUCCUGUUGACUGUUUAAAUCCUUUCCAAGCAACACCAUUCAUGCGAAAUAAUAUUCCAACAACACUUUUUUCACGGCGAUCUAAGUUUGACCGCAAAAAAUCAUCCAAACGAGGGAAAAAAAGAACCAAAGGUAGGGAUUUUUAUGGAAAUGAUUUACGAGGGCGAAAGGAAACAAUACAGGAUAUACUUCUCGAAGCAAAUUGUUUGAAAUAUACGAACUAGUCGCUCCUAGUUGAUGUUCCUGGAAAAAAAGGAAAUCCUUUUGUGUGGGUCUUUGAAUAAUCGUUCGAAGGAAAGAGAAAAAAGGAUGAAUCGUUUAUGUGCAGCUUUGGUGAUAAAUUUGUGAUCCACACACUAAUAAUCGGUCAGUUUGGGGUUAUGGCGCGAAUAAUGGAAGCAUCGUUCUUUGCAGGGGGAUUUACGAUGUUGGUGAUUCAGUUAGGACAGGUGAGGACAAGAUAAACUAGUUGGUGAAACUGUAGCACGAGAAUUCUAUUCGAGAAGAAAAGAUCAAAAGAAUCACGGGUAUCUGAAGAGCAUAUAAAGCAUCAUCAACUGGAAAUAUAAAUAAGUAGGAGACGAGUACUGGGUAGUUGAUACUAGCGUAGAAGGACCUCUGAUUGACUCAGUAUUUCCUCGACAAAUAUUUACAAAACCCAGAGAAGUAAAAUAUAGAAAGGAGGUUGACUGCUGAUAAUAUUUUAUUUGAUUUCAUUUUUUUUCAUUUACACCCUGAUUCCAAAG